AUGGCCGACAAUGAGCCGUUGGACUCGCCCUCAACCUCAUCUGAGGCCAGCACUCCCCUCGGCACCCCGACGCCCGAUGAGACACCAUCAACCGACGCGCUGCCCAAGAGGAUGCCCUCGUUAAGGUCAGUGUCGGAUCCGCCUACUCACCCCAUGUCGGCAUCCUCUACCCCUCUCGGAGUCCUGUCGAGCGCGAGACGGCCGCCUGUCACCACUGGAUCGUCGAGCAAAAACCUUCCUGAUGAUAUCAAUGCGAAGAUGCGAGCCUUCCACCUAUCGCGCCAGGGUAGCUCCCCCUUGAUCUCGCAGCCCAACCUGGCGAGUCCACAAUCCCCCGCCGGCGCCAGUGCCCUAGCCGGCGGGCUCCCUGGCAACGCUCGAUCCGGCAUGACUCCUGGUCGAUUACAACGACCUGGCGCUCCGUCUUUCCCGCAAUCGGCGCCGAGUGUCCCCAGCGCUACCGCUCCGGGCGGCGGCCUGUCAGGCAAGAGACGAUUCGGGCUCAAGCUGGGUGAUAUGGCUGGGGGGCCGACGGCUCCUUCGCCAGUUUCCAGGCCCAGCGGGCUUCAGAUGCCGCAACAACAGAAUGAGAACACCGGCGCGCCGUCGCAAAUGAAACAGUUUGCCGACUACAUCGACUCAGAGAAGGGAUAUCUGACGUUCAAGGGGAAGGCCAUCAUCACAAACAAGGGUGUUGACUUCUCCGACGGUUCUGUCUUUAGGAUAUCUCUAGACGAGGUCGAAAAGCUAGACGAGCUGGGAAAGGGCAAUUACGGCACUGUAUACAAGGUACGGCACAGCAAGCCCUUGGUGCCCCGAUUUGGCCCUGGACUCUCGGGCUUCAAGUCAGCUUCUAUUUCCGGGCUCCCCAGUACCGCGGACACGGCAGCAGCAUCUGUCGAUGGAAAGGCCGGUGGUGGCACCUCUGGGAAAGUUAUGGCCAUGAAGGAGAUCCGGCUUGAACUGGACGAGGCGAAGCUCUCGACGAUCCUGAAAGAGCUUGUCAUCUUGCACGAAUGCGUGUCACCAUACAUAAUAGACUUCUACGGCGCCUUCUUCCAAGAGAGCGCUGUGUACAUGUGCAUAGAGUACAUGGAUGGUGGAUCGAUCGAUAAGUUGUACUGGGGUGGAAUUCCUGAGAAUGUGCUGCGGAAAAUUACGUACUGCACCAUUAUGGGUCUCAAGGAACUCAAGGAGAAGCACAACAUCAUCCACCGUGAUGUCAAGCCAACGAAUAUAUUGGCUAACACGCGAGGCCAAGUCAAGAUCUGCGAUUUUGGCGUUAGUGGAAAUUUAGUGGCGAGUAUUGCGAAGACGAAUAUCGGCUGUCAGAGCUACAUGGCGCCAGAGCGCAUUUCCGGCGGCGCAUUCAUGUCAAGUGGUGCAUCGGACGGGACAUACAGCGUGCAGAGUGAUAUCUGGAGUCUGGGCCUUACCAUCAUCGAAUGUGCCAUGGGUAAAUACCCGUACCCUCCUGAAGUGUCAUCGACCAUCUUCAGUCAACUCAGCGCAAUCGUUGAAGGCGACCCACCAGAUCUGCCCUCCGAGGGUUACUCUGACGUUGCCCGUCUGUUCGUCCACGGCUGCCUGAACAAGGUGCCCAAACUUCGACCCAACUACCAAGCUUUACUGGCCUCUGAAUGGCUCCAGGGUUUGACGAAACCCGAGACUAUUACCGAGGAAGACGAAGAGGCAGCCGAGAAUGAUGCCAGCGCUGAGGCCAUAGCCGGUGCAGCGGGCCAUCUGGAUCUCAGCCAUUCCGCCACCGAGGACGCGGAGAUCGCCGCUUGGGUACGAGGAGCCUUACAAAAAAAAACGACUGGCGAAUAUGGCGGCACAAUCGACAGACCCGCAUUGCACGCCGCGCCUCUGGAUGUCGGCAGUCCUAUAGCUAGUCCCCAAGCUUUCCCCUGA